CGUCUCGCUUUCGUUUUCCCUGCAGCUCGUCUGACGCGUACAAAAUAUGCGCAGCGGCGAGCGCGUCUGGAGCAAAACAUGGCGAGACGCAUGAUGUCCCUUCUUCCAAGAUGGUCCUCUCGUGUUUUUUCAGUGGAGCUCGACGGCGCGCCUUUCUAUUUUGCAAUUCAAAAGGAGCACCAGGGAGAAGAAGUGCCACGCGUCUUCGCUAAUAUCCAGAAACAUGACAGGUGUUACUCUCUGCUGGUCUGCAGCAGGGACAGAAUCCAAAGAGCCAAGUUCUACGGGGAGCUGAAAGACAAAUUGUUGAGAGACCUGCCUCCGGAGUGUCAUUUGUCUCCCAUGUCCUCGUUUCUGCCAAAUGUCAAGGAUUCUCUUAUCAAGGGCUACUUCGUAAAAGGCAGCCCCGAGAGUUCCUCCCCGAUAGAGCGACUUUUGAGUGAUUUAAUACGACAUGACCCGGUGCUGGUGUGUUCAUACAUGCGAGGUGAAGAUGGCCUGCAGUGGACUCAGCAUCUGUGGUCAGACACAGAAAGCCAAGGGAUGGAAAUGCCAAAUGAUUACUAUGUGGUGCCGUCAGCAGCGCCAGAUUACCACCCGUCUACUCUCAACAUCAUCAACUCUGAUGUUUUCUACAGCUUCAACGAGGCCUGUGAUGUUUUAAAAAAGUGUGGUGACAUCAUCCCAGAGGCGAAGUCUGUGCUGGAGCUGCUGCCCAGCAGAGCGGAGGCCAGAAAUAAACCAGACUUCCCUGUUAUUGUCAUAGAGGGCCUGGAUGCCACAGGUAAGACGACUUUGACCGAGUCUCUAAGGGAUACCCUGGGGGCCACGCUUCUGAGGUCCCCUCCCCAGUGCCUGUCUCCCUGGAGAGCCCGCUUUGAUCAGGAGCCACCCCUCAUCCGCAGGGCCUUCUACGCUCUGGGGAACUACAUCACUGCGGAACAAAUAGGUCAAGAGGGCAUGAAGGCGCCCGUCAUUGUUGACAGAUUUUGGCACAGCACAGCCGCUUACGCCAUCGCCACAGCAGUGAGCGGCCAAGUCGCGAACCUUCCAGGAGAGGGUUCCGAGGUGUACCGGUGGCCCAGUGACCUGCUCCAGCCCAGCCUGGUGGUCUUACUCACCCUGGACCCCGAGGAGAGGAAGAGGAGGCUGAGGGACAGGGGACAAGGAGAGACCAACGAGGAGCAAGAGCUGGAUCACAACCAGCUUUUCAGACUCAGAGUGGAGGAGGCUUAUCGGAGGAUCAGUGGCCCAGCUUGCGUCACUGUGGAUGCUAGUCCUUCCGCAGACCAAGUGCUCCAACAAGUGCUGCUUUUAAUUAGGGGCAAAUGCCACUUGUAAACAGUUCUCCAUCUCCCCUGCUGGCAGCCAAGCAUCAAGUGGAUGCAGUUCCUCCUUUCGCCACUGGAUGCCAGUAAGGUGCUGUGAAUGUGACAGUCGCUGGGCCGGAGGACAGAUUGGACUGUGGAGAAGAGAUUCUAUUCGCAAUGAGUAAAGGUUGAAUGGCCAGGGGCCAGAACCACAUGCUACAAUCAGAAAUACAUAUUCAUGCAGACACUCCAACACACAGACACAAAAGUAUUUUCGAGAAGUGUGCAUUCAACUGCUGUUGUUGUAAAGCCUUCAGACGCAAUGUACUGCGGCUGCACUUUUAUCUGGACUGACAUUGAGGAAAUGGAUAGAAACAUCCAUAUAAACACCACCGAGUUUGAUUUCAUUUAAGUGCACACAAAAGAAGAACUACGGGACCCAUUCUAUUUCCAGCAACUUUGAUUUUGCUAAAAAUGUUUCAAAUUAAAAGGAAAUUACGGUCAA